GAGUAGUAUACUGUUGAGAGAGAGAGAAACAAGACCGAUAUUUGACGAAAAGAUUUGGCAUUCCACUCGAUUCGACCCAAACGUUGUUCAUUUGCUUGAAUGGUUGAAAUACAAGCCGUGCUUUUUGUUCUCCGCAAAUUUCCGCCAUACUUUUGGAACUCGUCACCACUCAAAAUCAGAUUUUUAAACGGAUUUCUUUUCGUUCCGCCGUCGUGCACAAAUCCAGCAAUCUGUUUUGCCGCUCGCAAACCACAAAACAAGAAAGGCAAAUAGUUGGUAUAGUUUUGUAUGUCGUUUUGUCGAGGUCCCGUAAAGGUGUACUGGUAUUUUGUAAGUUCUGAACGCCAUUGAACAAUAUACCCACUACGUUCUGAUGCGUACAAAUGCCGCACUCUACGUUAUUUGUGUCAAAUAUAAAGGAUUAUUGUAUUGGAUUUUCUGGAUGUUUUGUGAUAAUAACAUUGAUCAGGAACUGGAUAUAUUGAUCACAGAGAGGGGUCGGACGAGGACGAACUCGGCACAGACAUCGACAAUCCAGAGGGGUCGCCAGCAAAGCAGGUUGACCGACAUCAAACGAACUCAAGUGAAGGUCCAGGUGACAGUGAAGUCAGUCCGACGACCGAAAACUCCACAUCGUCACAACCUAGACCAGAGACGACAUACCAAGCGGAGAGAGGGAAACGAUCUUUUAUUGAGAGCGACGGCGAGAGUACUCAGAGCAGCGUAGACGACUUCGCCGAUGCCAUGGAUACCGUUGAACAUCAAGAUGAAAAUCCGAGCAGCGAUAGAUUGAAUAGUGGAUCAGGUGAUAGGUCACGUGAUACAAACAUGGAGGACGAGGAAGAUGAGAAGUAUCAGGACCAAGCUCGUGAAAUUGUGGACCAAGCGAUAGACGAUGCCUUUUUCAUUUUAGACGGUGAUGGGAGUGAGAUGUUGAACGGCGAGGCUACAAAACCAGAAUAUGCUGACCAUGCGAUUGAGGAUAUGAAUCUUCCGGAGGAUGCGUCAGCCAGUAGUGGGGGUGAUAGUAAUUCUGAUUUGGGGUUAGACGAAGCCUUAGAAGAUGCCUAUGCUAAAUUAGAUAUGCAAGACCAGGAUAAACCAUCUCUGGAUUAUGAGGAAGACAUAAUUGAUAAAACUGAAUCUCCCCCUCAGGGACCAGUAAGUGAGGAAGUGAAUCUGAGCGUAACAAAACCGGAAGAGCUGACUCCUACAUCUCCAGCGGUUCCAGAGAGCAAGGAUGAUAGCCAGGAGACUCUUGAUCAACCGGAAGCUGUGGAAUCUGUUGACAAAGACAUCACCACUGUUCAAACCUCUGUGGAAUAUAUUGUUGUUGAAUCGAACGACGUACCGAAUGCUCCAGUGGUUAAGAACGCUAUCGAUGACGACGUCGUGGAAGACGGGUCUGAUGACACCACAACUUCAAGCGAUGCUGAUACGGUGAAGGAUGCAGGAGGCGACAUUACGGCAAGAGAGAACGAGUUGGACAAGGAUGAAAGGACUAAGGUUUUAAAUGUGGUUGCUGAUCUCAUCUCAGAUGAAAUGGUGAAGGAAAUAAUGGGUGAUAUUUAUUCUGAAGGAAAGCAUGAUUCGAGCAAUGAAAAUCAACAAGAAAUUGCGUAUGUAGUUGCUGAUGCUAUUGCAAAUGACAUGGUCAAUGAUGCCGAGAGAAACAUUGCAGUGGCGGAGCAUGAAUUUGAUAGCAAUGAACGAACUGAUGUUGUAAAUGUGCUUGCUGAUGUUAUUGCAAACGACAUGAUAAACGAUACCGAGAGAAGAAGCGAGAGAACAGAACCUAACUUGUCGAAGGAUGAAAAAAAUGAUAUUUUAAAUGUCGUUGCUGGUGCUAUUGCAAAUGACAUGGUCAUUGACAAUGAGAAAGAUAACAUCACAUUGAAACCGGUGAGGGAUGAACAGGCGGAAAUAUUGAAUGUAGUUUCUGAUCGUAUUUCUAAUGAAAUGAUUGAUGAAAUACCAGAAGAUGUUACCGUGCAACAUGAAGACAAUGAUCUCGUACAGCCAGUUGACACCAGAAAUGUUGAGUGUGUGCUAAGGUAUGGUGAAGACUUUGAAAGUAAGGGACCAGACGAGGAAAAUUAUGACACCAAUGGCGUCAGUGUUGUGAAUGUUGUCGCAGAAUCUCUUGCUAGUGAAAUGGUUCAGGAAAUUCUUGACGAAACGGUGAUUAAGAGUGGAUGGUGCGAAGCUGCUGAUGACACUGAACUCUAUCAGACUAGUGACGAUGAAAAUGGAGAGGAAAAUCAAUUACCGUUCGACCGUCGCGUUAGCGAUGUUCAAAUCCCACAGAUCAGAAUUGAAAGUGUUGACGACGACGAGCUCGUAGAGGAAAUGAAUAUUGGGGAAGAGUUUGCGUCACCACAGUGGGGUGAUGAAAAUGAAUACACAAGUUCAUUUCCGGUCGAAGACGACCAUAAUGUGCCUAAUGAUAGUGAUUUUGCCAAAGAAGACUAUUUACCGAGUGAUUACAUUCCAGACAGUGAUGAAAACCAAAAUCAAACAAUAGAUACACAAAUCUCCGAAGAAAUAGAUGUAACUGUAAGUGUAGGAGACGAUGGGGACCAUGAUUUCCAAAUGAGCUUAGAGAGUGAUACGAAAGAUAAUACAUUUUCUGAUGUCCAAAUGGUUGUAACUGUGAAGGCUUCGAAUGGGGAUCCUUCUGAGAUUAGAGAUUUGUUGACGAAACUUACGGGAGAAAAUGUACAAUCAACGAACGUUAGUGACGGAAGUGAUGUGGACGUUGAUCCGAAGCAUGGUGUGGUAGACAUAAUGAAUACCAUUGCCAGGGAUAGUAUUGAUGAUCACAGUGAAGGUACUGUGGUUGAUGAAAACCAUCAAAGGGUUGAUGAGGAGCUUAUCCCAUCGGCAGCUGCAAGACCAGUGGAAUGUUCAAGCAUAGACCUCUUCUGUUCAUAUCCACAGGAACCAAGGGAUGAAUUUAGACAAACGGGACACCAAGAUUCACCAGCGAUAGUCGGUGGUGAUGAGUCAAAUUUUGAUUCUUUGGAGAAAGAUCCCGUUAUGGAUGGAGAUAUUGCACAGCCUCAUAUGAAUGAAGAUUCGGUAGUAGUAACCGCUCAAGUAUCAGUUCCGAAAACAAACAUUAACUCUCUUAUGUCUUCCAUUGUUGGUGAUGAUUAUACUGAGGAACGGGAGGAGAAUCCUGUUGAUCCUACAAUGGAAGAAUUUUCAUUAGCUGAUGUCAAACCCGAACUCUUGCUCGACCCAGAAGACUCUCACAAAGAAUAUUACGAUGGAGAACCCAUCUGCGAGGAGGGGGUAGUGGCUGCACCCGUUUCCAUAGAUGAGCAGAAAGAUUUGGAUCCAUUCAGCAAGUUCUUUUGCACAAAAAUUGAAGAUGAUGAGGAGCUGAGCAAAGCGCGACAAACGGCAUGUGAGGAUGAUUUGGUUCCUACUGAUGUGAGAAAGACGAUUAACGGUCACGUAAACUUAAAAUCACUUUUGAGAUCACUCAACGGCGAACUGUCGGUUGAUGUGGAUUUAGAUGAUUCUGACAUCAGUGAAGCAAGCCCUCCGCGGAAGAGAGUCAUCACUGACAAGAUGGUAAAGGAAGCCAUUCAGUAUCUUCUUCAGAAACCAUUCCUCUACUCCUACGGCAUGUACGACAGCAACGACAGUCUCUUUUACAAUGCCAUUCUUGAUGAUACCACAGGCAGUCGAUCUUUUGCAUUGAUCAGUAGUCUGGUCGGUAAAGAGCUGACACCGGAGAAGAAGGCAACAAUCUUCGCCCUUAUCUCCUCCAAAGAAAACCUCAACGAUGAUGAUGAAGAGGAAAUUGAUGAACCGAUCUUUCCAGAUAUCCAAGAUGAAGAAGAGAGUCAAAUCAAUUUCGAUGAACUCUUUGCUUCUCUAGACCGAAGACCAGACCAACAAGAUGACCGGGCUGUCAAUCCAGCACAGCAGGAAGUGGAGGAAGGACUUAUUGCUGACGCCAGCGGUGGGAUGGAGGAGUCGGUGCCUGUGUCAUCCGGGAGAGUUUUCGAUGGCUAUCCUGAAGUCGAGGAUGCUUUUCCUGAGAGAUUGAUUCCAGAUUCUAUCAGUCCAUCUGAUGACGAUUCUUCUUCAGUAUCGAGUUCAGAUACAUCAGGGACAUACAUCCUCGAUAAUCAAAUGGGACUAGUCGAAGAGGACGAGGAUGAAGACCAGGAGAGGUCUGGUUUCAAGGAACCAUCUUACCCUAGUGAAAUGUCACGUUAUCCAACCAACCAAUCACGUGAACUACCAGGUUACAAUGGAUACUACCCCAGACAGACAGGUGUGGAAGAGGAGCCAGAGGAGGAGCCUGAGGAGGAGGAGGAGGAAAAACCUCAAGCAAGUCGGAUGUUCUUUAUCACCAGCGCGAUGUUGGCACAGAUGAACGAGGAACAGAAUAACGAAUCCUCGUCAGACAAUGAUUACGAAAGGCGGGGUAGGCAGUCGGAAUCACCGGAAACAAGUUCUAGCGAGGACUACUUACAGGAGAUACCUGCUGGGUACGGACCAAACAGCGGGAGGAACUGGCCUGAGAAUUCAGGUAAGAAACACCAAUACUUACCCGAGGAUGAUCCCACGAGGUCGUAUCCGAGUGAGGUCCCGACUGCAGAAUAUGAUUAUGACGAUGAAAUAAGGUUUAGACCAAUUUCCGGUGGAGGAUCGUCUUCAGAACCAACUCCACGUUAUCCAACAUCUCAUGUGCCUAAAGACAAUCAGAAAAUCCAACAUCCGUCGCAAAAUGGACACCAUGUAUUUAGCGACUAUGACUCUUCCUCUGAAUUAUUGGAAAUUGAAAAACAGAGGCAGAUUUUAUUUCCAUCGUCAUCACCGCAAAAUGAUAACCAUCCUUCACAAACGACUGAAGAUCUUCAGAAUGGUGAUGAAGACAUGGAUUAUUUGCCUCCUAGACUCGUACCCGCUGUUGAGCCUAUGGUAACAAAGAAUCUGAAUUACCAGGACAAGACAGCUCCUGCAUGCAUUGCAGAUCUAUUGGAAAAUGGCAAACAAGGUACAGUGAACUUUAAACCUAUCACAGAACCAGCUAUAACCAAAGAUAUGACCGUUCCUGAGCAGCUGCAACCUUUAUUGACCCGACCAGUCUUCAAUCAAGACUUACAGGAGAGUGACCCACAUACAGAGUCACAUGAAUCAUCGGAAAAUUAUGCUACGCGUGAUCCGGGUCAUUUAGAACCAAACGCGGUAUCGGAAGGUUAUGCGAAAACUAACGGACAUACCGAACCAUUUAGUCAAAGUGAGGACAGUAUGUUGUCGCAUUCUGACUACCGAGGAUACUCCGGGUCAUCAGAAGAUGGUGAAUUUGAUUACGAUGAUGAUACGUCGUUCGCCUCUGGAGAGCGUAUGUUCGCCUUGAUUGGUCUACCAAGUAAUUCUCCACCUGCUGCUCUCUCGGUGACUGCUUCCAUCGAAGUGUUUCGGGCCGAAGAGCAUAUGGAAACGCAGAAGAGCCUUUACUCAUAUGAAAUUAGCAAAGGGGUUGCAGGACCAGACGGUAAGAUGGUCAAACUACAGGAACAGUCGUUUUCAUUCGAACGUCAUUCGGAAUUUGUUGUGCAGUCAACAAACAAUAGUUACGACAUGGUUAUCUCUGAAAGCGUCUCUGACAGUGCCGGAGAACAAUUCUCUUAUUCUGUACAAGCUGACAAUCACCGUCAAGAACCCAAUGAACAGAUAUUUGAUGCUGAUCGUCGAUCCGAAAAUGCUGAAGAUUCAGCCGACAGUCCGGCUGAAGGAUUUAGCAUGAACGAGACUGUCACAGCUGAUUUCACAGGAGAUCAGUUCGCACAACCAGGAACAGCAACGGACUAUCCACAUGAGGAACUGAAGCUUGAUCUCCCGUUUGACUCAUCCGGGGAAGAACUAUCCGAGAGAGAAGGUCUGCAGCGUCAGGUAGAGUCCUUGAGUGAACUCUUGUCAGAAAGAACACUGGAUAUGCAAAGGUUCAAAGACGACUAUCCCUUCCUAGAUAGAGUCAUGACCGAUCCUAACUCAAGUGUGCCUGGUUAUGAAGAAGGACAGCUCAUUGGUUUGUUAGAGACUUACAGACAACUGGAAGAGGAUGUGUUAGAGCUUAUGAAUAUUUAUAAAGAGACCAAAACACAACUAGCAGAAUUAGAGCUAAUGGAAAGGAUGUGAGAUUUUAAUUCUGUCUCGCCUUUCAUAUUUUCUACCUAUCCUUCUUUUCCUAUCCUCUUCUGGAAUUGACUGCAUGUUGUUAACAUAAUUUAUAUCAAAUUAUUUUACAAUAUCCGUUGUGUCUCGACUCUCGAAGUACCUUAACUGAAAAUUCAAUUUUCAGUCACCAAUAAUUUGCCAAUACACUCUUAUUCUUGUGAUCAAAUGUUAAAAAUUAUUAUUGCAUUACUCGUACAAACAACAUUUAAAAAUGAUUUUUUUGGAGAAAAUGUGUUAUAUUAUUCAAUGGUUAUAAUACUACUGUUUCGAUUUCUCUUUAACGGAAUCCAUAUGAGUUUUUACAAUACUUUAACUCUUGUAUAUCCCCAAAACGACGGAUAUUUUAAUAUCUUUCCGCAUCUCCGAUGAGCGGUAAACAAUUUUUCUUGUUUUUUUCCACACUUGGUUAAAAACUUUUCAGUCAUUUGUUCUCUCCUUAAUGGUUCCCCUUUCCCUCUCCCCCUAAAAAUUAUAAACAAAAGACACAUAUGCUGACAGGAAGGACUACUUUAGUUAUAAUUCGCUGAAUGCAGGGAACAAAAUUCAGUUUUAUUUUAAUCGAAAACAGGAGCAAUAAUUAUGUACAUUUAACACUCAAUUUCAUUUCAAAGGGAAAAUAAACAAAUUUCCAUUUAUUCACACUCUGCAAAGCAUGGUAUACACGCAUAUUUUCUACAUUUUCAAAGUGAAGUUCUAUACUUAAAUGUUCUGACUAAAAUAUGCCACCAAUUUACGAAUUAAUUUGCUUUACUUUGAUCUUGACUGCUGUUUAAGACGAAACAUGAGAUCGAAAGUUAGAUUCAGACGAUGUGUUGGAUUUGAGUACAAAAGUGAUUUUUUAAUCAACAUACGUUAUGCGCUUAGGUGUUUCAUAAAGCUAUUCACAAGUUACGAGCGCGUUGGGACUGGUGAUCCAUUCUUAGGCGCUAAACCAACAUCAACGAAAACUUGGUGUACAUCAUUAACCACAAGAAAGGAUACCAGUCGUUCGUAAAGUCGCUCGUAAGUUACGAACAGCUUUAUGAAACACCUCCUGGAACAGUAUGCUAUUUGUAUACGCAUUUUCAAUGAAUCUGUAGUUAACAGUUAAUUUCAGGUUCAUUCAUUUGGAUCAUGUAUGGGUUUGAUAUACAGUAUAUCAUUAACGAUAAUAUAGACCUUUACUAAAUAGAAAUAAUCUAACACCGAUCGCCCGACCGUCGACAGUGACUAAAUCUCCAUGAUCAUCUAGGAGCGAAUUAUCGAUGUUAUGUAAAAAUGUAUAUUAUCAACUAAAUUUAUAUUCACUUACCAAAUUUUUGAUAUGUUAGUCGUACUUUCCCCAAUUCUCAAUUCUCUGCCUUAAUUCUAUACCUGUAGAUGAAUGUCUUACUUAAAUAUAUAUUGAAGGUAUUGAUGGGGCAAUUCCAUUAGGUAAGUCCGACAUCCUGACAUGGUUAAAAUCCUUUGAAAUUAUUAUGAUCGGAGUUAUGUUAAGCAGUGUUCGUUUGGAAAACAGGGAAGCGUUUCACCAUUAAUUCAAAAAGGUUGUCAGAUCUGACAGUUUUGAUUUUGAUUGACUGGGAAACUGUUACCUAGGUAACUGUCAGAUUAAAUAGAUUUUGUCAGACGAAACACCUCACAUGUCGUUUUAUGAAACGCUCCCCUGUACAUAAGAGCUGCAGUAGCUACCCUGUGUAAAAAAAAAAGAUUACUAUAUUAUAUCAGAAUAGUUCAUGCGAUUGAGUAGCUGUGUCGGACGUACAAUAUGGUUUAUGAUUUCAUGAAAGUGCUCUCGGGCUAAAUCAGUAUUUCAUUUAUGCUUAUAUGUUAUGAUAGUCAAUUGCCUUCAAUCUGAAUCUGAAUUUACCAAAGGACGGCAGCCUUCAAAUACUAGUAUCUGUAUAGAGUGCAACAUUUUCUACAUGCUUGGACAUUGCCCUAAAUGUAUAUGUUUUCCAAAGAGCAUUGUUUGGAAUAUGAUGAUCGAAACACUAUCAACCUUGCAAUCAUUGUUUCGUCGGAAACGGUCAUUUUUUAAAUUUAAAUCUAUUCUCAUCUUGUCUUCCAUUUCACAAAUAGGCCUUCGAUUUCAGAAAAAAAGGAGAAAUGCUUUCUGAAACCUAUUUUUGUGGUCUAUUUUUUCUGAAAUACUGAAGCAAUCUCCGCAUGCAGCUAUUAACGCCCCGGCUUUUUCUUCAUCAAAUAGCAGAGAUUUUGAUGAGGUGUAAUUUUGCUUAUUUUUGCGAUCAAAGUCGUUCUUAAAUCUGUGAAGUGAAAAGCUUUUUGCAUUCUUCUCAUGUCUGAAAUAGCGAGAAACGUUUCGUUUCUAGUUGUGAAAAAUCAUAUUCCAAUAAUGAAUAUAUUUCCAAUAUUAUUCCAGAAAUGUAUUAUCAAAUUCCAAAUAUUCGAUGGUUUCUAAGUAGAUUUCAUGAUUGUAUAAACUAAUUACAAUCACAUUAGGUUGUAUAUAUAUAUAUAUAUUGUCGUUUAAAAAUGAUAUCAGCCUGGAAAUUUUAUUACAAUUGUGACCUUGAGGCGAGCGAACAAUUGAAAGAGAAAAUGAGUACAAUAUGAUACACAAUCUAUAUUAUAUUGAUUUGAUGAAAGAGGUUUUUGUAAUAAGCAUGAAAUGAACUUUAUACUCUUAUUAUUAUCAUGAUUAUCGAUGUUUAUGCCAUGUAUACCUUAACAGUUAUACGCAAACAUAUAGAAAAGCAGAGGAGGCGAGAAAUCACUUAAAGGACAAGUCUACCCCAACAAGUUGAUUUGAAUAAAAAGAGAAAAAUCCAAAAAGUAUAACACUGAAAAUGUUAUCAAACUAGUUAUUUGCACAUCCUUGUCGGUAUGCAAAUGGGGAGACUGAUGACGUCAUCCACUCACUAUUUCUUUUGUAUUUCAUUACAGGAGAUAUGAAAUAUUCUAAUUUUCUCCCCAUUGUCAAGUGAAACAAAGGUUAAUGUCUCCCUGAACAUGUGGAACUAGCAUUGUUUUAAUACGCUAUGGUUCAGUCAGGUUGAUCCUUAAUUUCAUAUCUGUAAAUAGGAAAUAUUAUAUAAUUCAAACAUUAAAAAAAAAAGUGAGUGAGGGCAUCAUCGACUGUCUCAUUUGCAUGCCACUGAGUUGUGCAUAUCACUGUUCUGUGAAAAAUAAGCGAAACUUUAAAAUGUCAUAGCUUUCUUUUUUUACAUCCGACAUUUUGAUGAAAUUUUCAGCGUUUAUUUUUCUCUAUUUAUUCAAAUAAACCUUUUUCUAUGGUGGACUUCUUUAAGUUUGUAUCUAUUGAUGACUAAAUACUUCUGCAUACAUGAAAUAUUCGUCGAUUAUUUUUUUCAAAUCCCGAUCGCGCCUCGGCACUUUAUAUGAAUGCAUACUUAAACAUUGCAAGACCAUGCACAAUUUCGGUAACAUAAUGGGGUAAAGGUGGAAUUAGAUGUGAAUUUGACGGUGCUUAUGGUGCCUAUUGCAGUGUCUUCUUUCUCUUACCAUUCUCACCCCUUAUGCAUUUUUUGAUAACAGGUUACUAUUGUGUUUGAAUAUAAACAUGAUAAGGUAAAUAUUCAGGAAAGAUCUAUCUUUCUUCUCAUAGAAGUUUUGCAUUCAUUCCAUUAGUGUGUCCAAACUCUUCAGGAAUGGAUUAAUACUGCAAAACUUCGGGGUUAGUUUAACACAAGCCCCGGUGAGAAUAUAAUAAUGAUAAUAGGCAUUUAUGAAUAAGGCGCCAUCUAUCUAAAAAUAUUCUAUUCUGAGGUGCACAAGAAAAAGAAUUCUAGAGUGGAUGAGUGUCGAAGUGCCAAUAAUACUGUUAGAAAAGAUAAGACUUCACAUUAGAUUUGAAAGUCACCAGUGAUAAUAUAAUUCUUAAAUUCACUGGCAAAUUAUUCCAAGGAGAAGGUGCAGCGAAAGAAAAAGCUCGCGCACCAUAGGCUACACGUGUUUUGGGAGUCUUCUGAAGCUGCUGGUGUGAUGAUCUAAGGCUACGAGUAUGGUUACUAAGGUAUCUCUAUGUAAUAAUGACAACACCGUUCAGUGAGCAGUCUGGAAUAAAACCCUCUUGGAGUCUCGCCAUCAUAA